AAAGCUGGAUGUGUAGGACGUCACAUGUUGUUUUUCCUCUUCACUCCAGUCACUUAGCGAUAUGUGUUAUUUACUGUUAAACCGCUCCACGCAGCGAACGCGCACUCCGUGCCGGGUACAGAAGAGAGUCUGACAGGAUUAUAACUGACUGACAGCACAAGUUGAGGAGGAAAAGUGAGAGUUUUUCUUCACAGCAUAUGAGAAUGGCGAGUCCGCCGCCGACGGGAGGACAGCUGAUUUCAGAUAUGACCGUGAAGAACAACAACCACGUUAAGAAAUGCGGCUAUCUGAGGAAACAGAAGCACGGACACAAGCGCUUUUUCGUGCUGAGGGAGCCGAGCGAGGGCUCUCGCGCCCGGCUGGAGUAUUACGAGAGCGAGAAGAAAUGGAAAAACAAGUCGGCUGCUAAACGAGUUAUACCUUUGGACUCGUGCCUGAACAUCAACAAGAGAGCCGAUGCCAAACACAAACACCUGAUCGCCCUUUACACGAAGGACGAGUAUUUUGCCGUGGCUACCGAGAACGAGCAGGAGCAAGAGGACUGGUUCACGGUCUUAACGGAUUUAAUGAACGAGGGGAAAGUGAGCGACGGCUCCGCGUCUAAUUCGGCGUCAUCCCUCGUCGGCUUUGAUGAGGCGAACUACGGCGUGAUAACGCCCGUCACCGCUGCUUACAAGGAGGUUUGGCAGGUCAAUUUGAAAUCUAAAGGACUCGGACAGAGCAGGAACAUAACAGGCGUUUACCGGCUGUGUUUAUCCAGCCGGACCAUCAGCUUCGUCAAACUCAACACGGAGAACGCAUCGGUGAUUUUACAGCUGAUGAACAUCCGCCGAUGCGGACACUCGGACAGUUUCUUCUUCAUCGAGGUGGGCCGCUCCGCGUCCAUCGGACCCGGCGAAUUAUGGAUGCAGGCGGACGACUCGGUUGUGGCGCAAAACAUUCACGAGACCAUUCUGGAGGCGAUGAAGGCUAUGAAAGAGAUGUCAGAGUUCCGACCGCGCAGCAAAAGCCAGUCCUCAGGUACCAACCCCAUCUCCGUGCCCACCAGGCGGCACUUUAACAACCUUCCGCCGAGUCAGACCGGGCUGCCGCGCCGCUCGCGCACUGACAGCAUGGCAGCCACGUCUCCCGUGACGAAACUGACGUCCUGCAGGAUCCGCACAGCGAGCGAGGGCGACGGCACUUUAGGCAGCCCAAUCAGCCCGGGCGUGAACAGGACGCAUUUGAGCCGCUCCAACACAGUGACAGCUCGCCCAUGCAGAACAUUUGAGUCUUCAUCCUUGCAGCAUAGCAAAUCCAUGAGCAUGCCCGUGUCUCACUCCCCUCUCUCAGCUGCCAGCCCGGUCAGCCUGUCCUGCAGCAGUAAUAUAGAGAGCGGUCCUCGCCCAUCCAGCUGCACAGCCUCUAUAUCUGGCUCCCCCAGUGAUGCCGGCUUCAUCUCCUGCGAUGAGUGUGGCUCCAGUCCGGGUGAUGUAAGACACCUUUUAGCAGCAAACCGAAGCAACACACCUGAGUCGCUUGCUGACACACCCCCCUCACAGGAGGGCAGUGACCUGUACGGAUACAUGAUCAUGGAGAGGCCAAGCAGCUUUGGCCAGCGAGGCACCCGGGCAGCAGGUGAGGAGAUCUUAGGAGACCUGGAGAAAGCCUACAGGAAGAGGACGCACUCCCUCACCAUGCCUUACCAGAAGAGGGUGCCAUCACAAGUGUCCUCAGCCUCACUGGAUGAGUACACACUGAUGAGAGCCACGUACACAACUACUGGACAUUCGGGGCGCAGCUCUCACACUGCAUCUCCAAAGGUCACAUACCCUGAGGAUUAUGGGGACAUUGAAAUUGGAUCAUUACUGAAAAGUUCCAGUGGUAAUAUAGGUGAUGAUGGCUACAUGCCAAUGACACCAGGUGUGGCUCCGCAAGGGGGGAAGGCUGACAACUACAUGCCAAUGAGCUCAAUGUGUGUUUCAGCUCCAAAGCAGAUAAUCAACCCCAGGACGCACCCCCUGACUAUAGCUAAUGGGUACAGAACUAGCUCCCCCAGCAGCUGUUCUUUGGAGGACAGUGGCUACAUGAGGAUGCUGUGCGGCUCUAAGUUCUCAAUUGACAGCUCAGAUGGGAAACUGACAAAUGGUGAGUACCUCAACAUGUCUCCUGUAGAUUCAGUCACACCACCAGACUACUACCUGAGCCCUGAGUCUCCCUGUCUCAGACAGCUUCACUCAUUUAACUCUUUGCCCCGCUGUCAUAAGCCCCAGCAGAUGCAAAAGGAUGUGGACAAUGAUCAGUAUGUUGUCAUGAACCCUCAAAGUCACAAGAUUAUAGAGGAGUCAGUAAAAACAGCAUCCCCCCCUGCUCCAUCUCCUCUAAGACAAAGCCGCACAGACAGCCUCAUUCUCCGGCACAGGAUCAGCCGGCCCACCCGCCUCUCUCUUGACACUCUAAGGACAUUACCCAGUAUGAAUGAGCAUCCCAUUCCAUCUGAGCCAAAAAGCCCUGGCGAGUACAUAAACAUAGACUUUGGACAUGUUGCUGAAAGUUGCACCCCGCCUUCUACUGCUUCCUUCGAGAGCCCAGCCUCAUCCCUGGGAUCGUUCGCCGAUCAGAGGACGUCCCCCCUCUCUGAUUACAUGAACCUUAAUGUGAGUUCACAGUCACCCAAAUCUGGAAAUGCCGCCCCAUCUGAUCGCCUGGAGCCCCUUCCAGAAUGCACAUCAUGCCCCACCCACACUGUGGAAGAGGAGGAAGAUGAAAGGUACCAGCGCAAGGCACAGGUGGCACCAGCAGGCCCAGUUGAUAAAGACGAUUACACAGAGAUGACGUUUAGCGUGUCUGCUUCCUCUCCACCGCCUCAGCCCUCAGAAGGUGGGCAGACUAUCAGCCCAUCCUCCUGCUUGCAGAGGCUGACUGUGGACGAAAAUGCAGGAGCGCCUGCUGUGGAGGCAUUUCUGCUGCAUGCUACACCUCUGGCCUUGGUGGACCCUGAUCGAGGUGCCAAGGUGAUUCGGGCUGACCCCCAGGGACGCAGGCGGCACAGUUCAGAGACAUUCUCCUCAACCACCACUGUAACACCCGUUUUUCCCUCCUUUGCACAUGACACCAGGCGGCAUGGUUCGGCCUCUGUGGAGAACGUGUCUGUUUCGGUGAGAAACGGCGAAGGAUCGGAUGAAGAGUACAACAGUCCCAUGUGCAGGGAGACGUCAGCCGGCUUUCAGAAUGGACUUAACUACAUUGCCUUAAACUUGAUGGAUGGAGGACUUGCCAGCUGUGAUUCUCUUGUCCGGUUCAAAGCUGCCAGCUGCUGUAAAGAGGGCAUCAAUGGAAUACACACAAGUCCGUAUGCCAGCCUUGGGUUCAAGGAGACGGCAACAACAGUAAAAGACUAAACAGAGCCAGUCUCUUCAUUGAAGCCUUCUUCUUCUGCAUCUGGACGAGGGGAAGAAAGGAGGCGCUCGUGUGGACAGAUGGACCACGACGUCACUACUGCUGCUGCUACUACAACUUCAGCCCUCGGCUGAACUUUGACCUCUCAGAAUUCAUUCGCACAGACACUUGACCCCAGUGCGAGGCCUACCGAAGAUUCAGAUACAGAGGCAGGAGCUCCUGUCCAUCUGUUACUCACUACAAUCUCUUCCCUCGACUUUUGUGUUUGUUAUGGACCUUUUUAUUUCCACUGGUUUUGUUACGAGGACUUCGAGUGGCCAGUGUCCCCACCUCCUGAAAAACAACCUGUGAACCAAACAUCUGAUAUGCAUGCACGCACACCUACAGUCGCUUAUUUAUUCACCCAAUUGGUGGUGAGCGUUCAUGUAUGCGCGGGUGGUUGCAACACUGCACAGAGGUGGCAUUUCAAUUUACGCAACAAUUUGAAAAUAGGAAAAAAGCAGUCACUUGAAUACCCUACCUCAGAACGAGCCAGGUUAUGACUUACAAAUAUAUAUAUAUAAAUAUAUAUAUAUAUACAGAGAGAGAGAAAGAGAGAGAAAUUAAUUUAUUUUUGCAAGUGAAUGUUUUUAGAAAAAAAAUAUAUAAAAAAUACAAGCAGACACCAAUCCAAAGCCUUACUAACUGUACUGUCAAACAGUGUUUCUUGGAGGACCUGCAUACACUCACAACAUAAAGAGUAUCAAAGUGAACUGUUUGCCAUGCUAACUGAAUGUCUAGCACUGCGGUGCAGGAAGCUCUUGCGCUGCGCUCAAAGAUCUAUUAAUGUUAUUUUGCAGAUGUUUAAUAUAAUGCUAUUUAAUCUGAGCUGGUACCGGAAACCGAUGGCCGCCCUGUGGCCAUCCCCGCACAUAUGCAAAGCAGGCUUCCAGAGUUAUCAGUUUUGGAAGGAAGCCACAUGCGAUUAACACACCAACCGCUAGAUGAAUGAUGUCUGUGCCUCAGGUCAGAGAAGCCAAGCCUAGGCACGCUAGCACAUUUUAACUCACUGUCUUUAAACCUUAAAGGGAUGGUUCGCCCAAAAAUGUACAUUCACUCACCCUCAAGUGCUUGCAGACCUUUAUGAGUUUCUUUCCUCGGUUUAGCCGUUAGCUAUGUUUCCAUUCAAAUAUGCAAAUUAGACUGAUUUGCGUCGAGUGAUCGGCAUGACCCAAGGCGCCUGCCUUGCGUGUAGUCAUGCACGCUAGCUGGCAGUAGGUAUUUAUGUUCCUCUGUGUCGUGUUUCUUCGUGUUUUGUUUUGUUUUGUUGUGUUUCAUUUCUGUACGCUACCUUAAUCUACAAGUAGCUAAAACUCGCUUAUUUAGAGGCGGGAACUGACUAACGUGCAACAACAUUAAUCAUAAGGUAAACACAAAACAACAGUUUACAUCUAGAGCUUCUUCAUGGGACUUGACGUUUAAACACUCACUCCAAUGGGUUCACGCGGCUCUCAGCCCCGCCCACACUUGUCACAGCUACCAAGCUGACCAAUCACAGAGCUUGCGCUAUGCGUCUUUGCGACAUGUGGUUACAUUUUUUGAGAGGUGUGCGUAAAUGUCGGCAUCAGCCAAGUGCUAUGCGACCACCAGAGCAUAUGCAUACGCGCGCGCUUGACGCAGAAGUAUCAAUCAGCCUUUAUACGCAAAACAUGAAUAUUGCAUAAAAUUUUAGGCAAAGUUUUUAUUCAAUUAUCAAAGAGAACAAAACUGUCUCAUAAAUUGGAGGCAAAUAUGAAAUUUGAAAAAAAAAGGAAGUUUGCUGCAGUACAAAAAGCCACCAUGGGCCUUCUUACAUAAUAAAUUACUGGCGUAAUGAAGAUGAAACGUAAUGAACGCACAAUGUCUUUUGGUGGCAUGAGCGCAGCCACUAAAAACAGUACUGGGUGGUAAAAUUACUGGACUACUUUGAUGACAAACUUUGGCUAAGGGAUUUCAGAAUGGCCAAAACAAACUUUAAGAUGCUGCGCAAUUUAUCGGUCCGCUGGUUUAUUCGUUAAUUCCAUUGCGCCUCACUUACAACAUGAAAGCAGAUUGCUAUUGCAUUGUAUUAUGGACUGUUAACAUAUCGCGUCUUAACAUAUCGCGUCUGCAGCAAGUUUGUAAUUUCCAAUGGAGGUGCGUGGCACGACAUGCAUAAUCCAGACACACCUAGUUGAAAACAUCUUAACUUUUCAGAAUGUCGUAAGCACAUUGCGAGUCAUGUGACAAGAACUGACCAAUCAGCUUCAUAUUUUGUAUGAAAUAUACAGAUUUCAGUAGACUAAUUAUUUUAGACAAACACAGAACACCCAAACACUGACGUACUUUUUCUGUUUCUCCAUAAAUAAAACUUGUAUCAGAGCUGCAGCAAUGUUUUGUCAGCUUGUCAUCCUUUUAUAAAAUGCUUGGUGGUCGAUUCGCUAAGACAAAAGAGCGCAAGUGCAAAUCGCGUUGAAAAUGGUGACGAAAGCAACGCAAAAUCACUUUUUUUUAUUUCAAAUUUUAAUUACAUUGUUUUAUUUUAUAUUUGAAUUUAAAAAAAUUUAAUAUAUAUUUUUUAAAUGAACAUUUUAAUUUUAUUUAUUUUUUCUAAUUUCCGAAAUUUUAUUCGGUAAAUGUGUUCCCAUCAUAGUUUAUACAAUUUUUUAUUAUCCAAUAAAAAGUUUAUCCUACUCAUAACUCGCAUCUUGGUGAUUCCAUUAAGCAUUUUUAACGCAACAUAUAGCUAUAGAAUAGCUACUGAUGUCCAUAAUAGUAAAAAAGAUACAUACCAUAGAAGUCUGUGGGUUAUCCUUUUUUUUGUUCAACGGAAGAAAGAAACUCAAAAAGGUUUGAAACAACUGUAGAGUGACAAAAAUGUAAUCUUUGGGUGAACUGUCAGUUUAACAACCCAAAAGCCUCUGCUGACUUUCCCGACUCUCAUGCAUUGCUCCCAAAAAACAACAACGCAGGCUUCCCUUUGCCUUACAUCUGCAGCCGUGGAAGAGUGAUGAUUCAGGGACGUCUCAGAAGGCCUGACACCAUUAAUGCUGCUCCCUAUACCGUCAGACAGGGGUAGACCCGUCAGAACCAAUGCUUUGUCUUGCACUUACAAACUCCCUAGAUUGUAACACAAGACACUUUUGAAUGUAGAGUAUUCUGGAGAAGAAACAGCACGGACUAAGCAUCCACAAACAGACUAAUCGAGAGUCGUUCAGUUCAACAACACAUACACACAACACACUCAACGUGACUUAAGUAUAUGAAAACGUUUGCCUAGAAAGCUGUAUAUAGUGUACAUAGAGAUUGCAACUGAUGUUUUUAAGUUAAAGAUUAUAAUGGAUGUCUUUUUUUUUUGGUUUUUUGUAAAUUAAUAAAUAUAUAUGUAUGGUACGUGUUUGAAUGACACUUCCCCCCAAACAACUAAAGCACUAAUGAAGGUACUUGCCAAAGGCUGAACUUUUUAGCCUGGCAUAUUUUUUCUUUUUCUAAUUCUUCAGUAUGUUUAAAAAAUAGAUGUACACUGUACGAGAAAUGCCACUUCAAGGAUAUUUGAUAACGAUGUAUAAAAAGAAAAGCAAAUUCAUUGAAUACUUGAUAUUUCAGACAAAUAGGUACAAUUCUCCAACGGCAUAUGCAAUAUUUACAUGUUUUUAUAAAGAUUAGUUUACAGAAAGGAACCAAAUGUAUAAAUACUGUUAAUAUAUUUAAAAACCUUUUUGCUGUACACAGUUUUCUGCCAAUUUUAAAUGGAAAAGUGUUUUUAUUGCCUCUUCUGUUUUUUGCUAUUGAAUUCUAACAGUAAUUUCAGCAGCAUUCCGAUGCGAACGCUGUUUCUCAGUAAGGAAAGCUUGAAAUAUUUCAAUGCCUGAGCGAGUUUUUUGUUGCUGUUUUUUUCUGUGUCUUCCAUUGUAAAUACUUCAUAUUCUUUGCAUUGUGAUGCUACUUAGAAAUGAUAAUUUAAACUUAGUGUAUUUAGCAUUGCUUUAGAAACUGUACUGAUUCUGAAUAGCCACAUGCAAUAAAAAUGUAACAUUAUUUAAGAA